GGCGCCUACGACUUUCCAACUUAGCAAACCGCAAAUAUGUGUAUAAUUGCCAUUAUAAUAAUCAGGCGCCGCGCAGCGAGUUAACGGUGCUAGAAAAUUAGCAAUUCAUUCUGUCAGCGGCCGCUCCUCUGUUAACAUAUAUUUUUUAUUAUAAGUUUUAAUUGUUAAAAAAGGGCUUUCAUUUUGCUCCAUUGUAUAUCCAAAUAUACAUAAUGGUGGCCCAUGAGGGGAACUAACGCGUAAAAUCAACAAAAUAUCGAAAAUCGCGAAAUAAAUCAGCACGAAAAAGUUGGAGAAGAAAUGUACGUUGGCGAUUUGAAAACCGAGCUUAUGGUGUGAAGACAGACAAGUAGCAAGGAUCGUCGAGAUAAAGGCAGCACACCACGGCGAGCAGUAGUGCAGCAAAAGCAGUACCUUGUGCAGUGGAAUCAGCUAAAGAUAAGUGCCCUUCCUUGACCGCCACAUUGUCCUUUUCAUACCAACAUUCCAAGCAACCAAAAUCAUCCAACUGUUAAAAGGUGCCUUUCUAUUGUGCAGAUAAUGUGGUUGUAAGCUAAUUUAAUCAAUUACUUUAAACAUUUGAGUGUUUUUCCGGUUAUUUUACGUAUUUAAAAUCAUAAAGUUUUAUUCUUCUACCUACUUCAAAAAUUAAUUUGUCCACCAGAUAUAAAUCAGCUUAGUCAUAGCCCAUUGUUAAUACCAUUAAAUAAAACUUUCCAGGUUGUUUAUCAGCUACUAGCAAUCAUUUGGCGACGGUGCAUCACUGCGCUGCAUUGUUAUCAGCUGAUUGCGAACCGGUUUCUUAUCUACGGGCGCUCGCCGGCGAAACGAGGAGCGUGAGCUUUAUACAAUUAAUUUAUUACGUAGUUUUUGCAUUCUAUUAGUUUGCGUUCGUGCUAAUUAUUGUUUGCACGUUAUUUAAAUAACUUCACGAUGCCUAGUGACUCAGUUGAUAAAGUUUUAAGGCAGUUAAUUACAAAGCGAUCGUCCGCAAAGGGGCAGAUUACUAAAUUUAAAAAUUAUCUAGGCACUUUAGCAUGCAAAACAGAAUUGAGUAGUAUUGAACUAACGGAAUUAAGACUUAAGUUAGCCAAAUUUGAAGCUUUGUCGAUUCGAGUGGAUGAUUUGCAGGGUGAAAUUGAGGUUUUGAAUCCCGACAAUAUUGAUAAUGAAAUUGAAGAACGCGAAAUUAUGGAACGAGAUAUUGUCAUUAACAUUGCCACCGCCAAAACAGUGAUGGAAAAAUUUACGAAUGCAUUAGAGUGUGAACAAAGGCGUGGUUCCGUUGUUGAUAAUUCUUGUUUUAUGGAACAUCAAGAAUUUGGUUUGAAACUACCCCAAAUAAAGAUUGCCAAGUUUGACGGUGCAUAUUUCCGAUGGUUGGAGUUCCGUGAUACGUUUGAGAGUCUGAUACACAAAAAUAGUCGUCUGUCAGAUAUUCACAAGUUUCAUUAUUUAAAUUCCUAUUUAGAAGGUGAUGCGGCUAGAAUAAUUUCCAAUUUAGAGGUGUCUUCCGCUAAUUAUAGCGAAGCCUGGAAAUUAGUCUGCAAUCGGUACAACAACAAAAGAAUGUUAAUUAACCAGCACUUAAAUGCAUUAUUUAGCGUAAAGCAGUUUCCACGCGAGUCAGAACGGUCGCUUAGGUUUUUAAUAGAUCAUGUUACAAAACAUUUGCGUGCAUUGUCUAGCUUAGGACAACCAACAGAUAAGUGGGAUAUAUUACUCAUCUUUAUUUUAUGUUCAAAAUUGGACAGUAACACAUUAACUAAAUGGGAAGAAUUCCGUAAUACAUUAGAAGCCGAUGUGCCUACUUUAGACAAUUUCUUUAAAUUCCUUACCGAUCGCGCGGAUGUGUUAGAAUCAUUGAGUCGAAAUAAAAGUGACAACGUGCCAUCUAAAGCAACGCAAUCUAAUACUCGCACUAAUUUCAAUUCCAACAAUAAUUAUAAGCAAACAAACAAUGUUACUAAAACCUUUGCCAGUUCUAAUAUCAAACCAAAUAAAUCAAAUAUAUUCUCUUGUGUGAUAUGCAACGAAAAUCACAAAAUAUAUGAUUGCCCUACAUUUAAGGCAAUGAGCAUCGACAGUAGGUUAAGUGAGGUGAAUAAAUACAAGUUAUGCAACAAUUGUCUUAGGCAAGGUCACCUGGCUAGCGAAUGCCGUAUGGGUCCCUGCCGUGAAUGCAAAAAACGUCAUAAUAGUUUACUCCAUCGUCCAAAUACCUCUGCAAAUAAUUGUACCUCAAUAGAUGAUUCCAAUGAAUCAUUCGUUACUUUUAGUAAACAAAAUUCAAAUCAAAUAUUGCUUUCUACAGCUGUCAUUGAAGUAAUAAAUCCAACAACACAACAAAGCAAAAAGGCUCGUGCACUGCUAGAUUGCGGCAGCCAGUCAUCAUUCAUCUCAAAUUCAUUAAAGGAAAAACUUGCUCUAAAUUCGAACCCCAUUGACUCACUAAAGGUCAUAGGUAUCGGCAAUAAUAUUUCCACUAGUAUAACGGAAAGUUGUAACUUACAAAUAAAAUCACUAAAUAGCAAAUUCAUUACAAAUUUAUGCUGUCUUGUAUUAAAUGAGCUGACGGGUAAGCUGCCAAAGUACCCUGUCAACAUUACAAAACUAAAUUGGCCUAAUAAUAUUGUAUUAGCGGACCCUAAAUUUUAUGAACCAGCUUCUGUGGAUAUUCUAAUUGGGGCUGAUUUAUUUUGGGAUAUCUUGGGCAAUGAACAAGUAUCGCUUGGUCCCAGCUAUCCAAAGUUGAGAAACACUCAAUUAGGCUGGAUAGUAUCCGGUCCUAUUAAUUUACCUAAUGUUAAUAAGCAGACCAGCUGCAAUUAUGCUAUGGUUGGCACGCCUAAAGACAAUAAUCUUGAAAUCGCACUCACCAAAUUCUGGGAGUUAGAAGAGUUGCCUGCUAAAAGAAUUGUGAGCGAGAAAGACAAGGCUUGUGAAAGUCAUUUCAUUAAAAAUACAUACAAAAAUGAAUCGGGUAGAUUCGUAGUUAGAUUGCCCUUAAUAGAUAGCAGUGACUGUCUAGGAGAUACAUCUAAAUUGGCUAGAAAACGUUUACAUUAUUUGGAAAAAAGAUUUAGAAGUAAACCUUUAUUAAAAAGCGAAUACACAAAUUUCAUCAAUGAGUAUGCCCAAUUGGGGCAUCUCUCCCCGGCAGCUGAUAUACAAGGUACACUCUAUUAUUUAUGCCAUCACGCUGUCCUUAAACAAGAUAGUGAAUCCACUAAGUUGCGUGUAGUGUUUGACGGCUCGGCACCCUCAUCGUCUGGGUAUGCUCUAAAUGACAUCUUGUUAGCGGGCCCAAAUAUACAAGACUCUCUUUUUGCCAUUUUGAUACGCGCUCGCCAAUACAAAUUUCUCCUAACUGGAGAUAUAGAGAAGAUGUAUAGGCAGAUUUUGUUGGACGAAAGGGAUCGCAAUUUGCAGCGUAUUUUAUGGCGGGAUGAUGAGUCACAGCCCAUCAGAGAUUUCACGUUAAAUACUGUAACGUACGGUACUGCAAGUGCUAGUUUUCUCAGCACUCGCUGUCUAUGGCAGGUUGGUGAAGAGCAAAGUGAUCCUCUUAUCAAAGAAAUUAUCCAAAAGGAUUUCUACGUGGAUGACCUAAUAACCGGAGCCAACAACGAGCAGCAUUUGCAUUAUAUACAGUGUUCCGUUGCUAGGGCACUUAAAAAUAAUUGUUUUAACCUAAGGAAAUACAAAAGUAAUAAUACUUCACUAUUUAACAAUCUUGAAAUAGACAAAAAUGAUAGUUUAACGAUUAGUGAAUCAUCAAGCACUCUUGGUCUUGGGUGGAAACCAUCCAGUGACACAAUAUAUUUUCCAAUAAAGCAUGUUUCGUCGGAUAAUAAAGUACCAGUCGUGACAAAACGUUCAAUUAUGUCGAAUACAUUCAAAAUCUUUGAUCCCCUAGGUCUCUUGAGUCCGGUUGUAAUAAAGCCCAAAAUCAUCUUACAGAACAUCUGGCGACUAAAGCUAGACUGGGAUGAACCGGUUCCAGAUGAAAUAAGGGAUGACUGGUGUAACUUUACAAUAAAUUUACACUGUGUGUCGGACUUCGCCAUUCCUAGAUGGGUUCUGAUUGACGAAUCGACCGCAGUUGAAUUGCAUUCGUUUAGUGAUGCUUCGCAGUCGGCUUAUGGGGCAUGUAUCUAUGUAAAAUCAUUCGAUAGUAAUAAUCAAUGUAGUGUAAAAUUGUUGUGUGCUAAAUCUAAAGUGUCUCCGUUAAAGCCAACCACGAUUCCGCGUCUAGAAUUAUGCGCCGCGCUACUUGCCGCUAAACUGUGCAAGUCUGUGUUGGAGUCAUUACGAUACAAACCGACUAGGGUAAUACAUUGGUGCGAUUCUAGUGUAGUGUUAGGUUGGAUUAAUAGUGACUUAACAAAACUUAAAACAUUCGUAGCUAAUCGUGCAAGCGAAAUCGUAGACAUGACUGUCCCAUCUGCUUGGCGAUAUGUACCCACUGAUGCUAAUCCAGCUGAUUUAAUAUCGAGAGGUAUUAAUCCUAAAAACUUACCUGCUAUGGAUUUGUGGUGGUCUGGUCCAAAUUUCCUAAUGAAAGAUGAAUCAGAAUGGCCAGUUUUAGAUGCUAAUAAAUUAAGUAACUUACCUGAGACAAAGGCGCACACAAUAGUAAUAGACGAACCUAUAAUAAUUUUCGAUAACUACUCAUCAUUUACAAAACUGCAAAGGGUAUUAGCAUUCGUUAAAAGAUUUAUACAUAAUUUAAAACAUCCUGAAAAUAAACGGGUAGGUAUCUUAUCAGCGGAUGAGUUGCGUGAUUCAUUCCAUACACUUUGUAUUAUAGCUCAACGAGAGUCAUUCAGUAAAGAAUAUGAUAUACUGUCAAAAGGUAAAUCACUGCCAACUAAAAGCAAAAUUUUGUCCCUUUCCCCCUUCCUGGUGGAAAAUUUAAUGCGGGUAGGUGGGCGCCUAGAUGCCUCAAUCUACUCGUAUGAAAAGAAACAUCCUAUAUUGUUGCACGCUAGGCAUAGGCUUACAAAAUUGUACUUUGAAAAAGAACACAUAAACGCCAUGCAUGCUGGCCCCCAGCUACUGCUGGCGACAGUAAGGGAAGUGGUUUGGCCGGUAGGUGGCAGACUUUUAGCGAGACGCACAGUAAAUAACUGUGUGCGGUGUAGAAGGUUAAGAGGCAAACUUUUAUGCCCAAAAAUGGGUGAAUUGCCGUCACAACGUGUUAACCCGGACUUUCCAUUCUUAUCUACAGGUCUAGAUUUCGCUGGCCCCUUUUUCAUUCUAAAUCGCAAGGGCCGCGGAAGUCGCUUAAUUAAAUGCUAUUUAUGUAUUUUCGUGUGUUUGCGUUAUAAAUGUGUGCACCUUGAAGCAGUCAGCGACUUAACUAAAGACGCGUUUAUCAUGACUCUCAGACGAUUUAUCGCGCGUAGAGGCAGACCAUUGGAAAUAUUUAGCGACAAUGGCCGUAAUUUUGUUGCCGCUGCGAAAGAAGUAGGGAGCUUUAUACAACAAAACAAAGAACCACUCUUUGACUUUGCAAGUCAGCAAGGCAUCAAAUUUAAAUUCACACCAGCUUACGCUCCUCAUUUCGGCGGCAUUUGGGAAGCCGGAGUUAAAUCCGCUAAACAUCACUUACGUCGUGUGAUGGGCAAUAGUCAUUUAACGUUCGAAGAGAUUUCGACAUUAUUUGCACAAGUGGAGGCGAUUCUUAACAGUCGUCCCUUGUGUCCCUUGUCAUCCUCUCCUAAUGACCUCCUCUCCCUAUCUCCAGGGCACUUCAUCAUCGGGAGACCACUGACGGCACUGCCACCACCUGCUCUGGCGGACUGCCAUGACAAUCAGAGGAAGCGAUACGAACAUCUCGAAACCAUAAGACAGCACUUUUGGAGACGAUGGCAAAAGGAAUACAUAUCGGAGCUGCAGCAGAGAACUAAAUGGAAAAGCAAUACUGCACAGCUAAAUAUAGGAGACAUGGUACUCAUAUCUGAAGACAACACGCCGCCAUUAUGCUGGCGACUGGGUCGAGUUCUGCGGCUGAUUCCUGGUCCAGACGGAAUAUCGAGGGUUGCAGAUAUCCAAACCAUGAAGGGCUGCGUGCGGCGGUCUCUAACUCGUCUUUGCCCUCUACCCAACGCUGAGGAACUUCAGGAUCGUUGAAAGGAUUCUUUCAACGGGCGGGAUGAUGUUACGGCGCCUACGACUUUCCAACUUAGCAAACCGCAAAUAUGUGUAUAAUUGCUGUAGGGUAUAGCUAAGGUACAUUAUAAUAACAAACAUUUAUACGCAUAAAUAAACAAACAUAAACAUAUCAUUUACACUCAUACAUACAUAAAUACAUACAUAAAUAAAUAUAAACAUUUACAUACAUACAAAUACACAAAUACAUAUACAUACAAACCUACAUACUACAUAUAUUACAUUCACAUUCUUACCAUACAUACUACUUUAUAACUUUAUUUCAUCUAUACACGGCCUUAUGCCUGCGCACGUAUGUACACGCCCUUAGCUAUACCUACACACCGUCCGGCCGCUAGCGGAGCCCUGGCGCCCGCGUUGACAACAUGCUCGGGACACUUCGGGAGUUCGCGGAGCCGUUCGGCACGCGGCGCGGCCGCCGCCUCCACCCCGCGCUUCACUCGCGCCCCUCGCUCGCCCACGUCAGUGACGUCAGUCCGCCUCGGCUAGCGAUCGCGCGCGCAUCCAAAAACUUACUCUCGCAUUAAUUUUAUAUAAUUUCGUUGAUCUCAUAACUAAAACUGUAUAUUUUAUUAUUUUAUCAAUAUAGUCAAUUUAAAGUUAG